AUGGUGAUCGGGCCGAGGCUUGCCGUAGCCCGUGCGUUGGCGGCUCUGCAACAGUUCCUCAGGCACCCGCUCAGCCGCCGGGUACCGCUGCCUUCACCGGCUGGGCGGUCUGUGUUACUGAGCAGUAUUUUACAGUGCUCUCUCGCUGAUGAGAAAAAACAAGCCAAAACGAAAGUUCUUUUUAGUAACUUUGUUGAAAUUCGACAUAAAUCCAGUGACUACCCUCAUAAAGUUGCAAAAUAUCCAGAAAACAGAAAUCGAAACAGAUACAGAGAUGUUAGUCCGUAUGACCAUAGCCGUGUAAAACUGCAGAACACCGAGAAUGACUAUAUCAAUGCCAGCCUAGUGGUCAUAGAAGAAGCCCAGAGAUGCUACAUUUUGACACAGGGUCCACUACCUAAUACAUGUUGUCAUUUUUGGCUAAUGGUAUGGCAACAACAAACCAAAGCAGUUGUCAUGCUGAACAGAAUUGUUGAAAAAGAAUCAGUGAAGUGUGCACAAUACUGGCCAACAAAGGAAGAAGAAGUUAUGACAUUCAGUGAAACAGGUUUCCGUGUGAGGCUAGUAUCUGAAGACGUCAAAUCCUAUUACACAGUACAUCUACUGCAAUUAGAAAAUACCAACAGUGGUGAGUCCAGGAUGAUCUUUCAUUUUCAUUAUACUACAUGGCCAGACUUUGGAGUUCCUGAAUCCCCAGCUUCAUUCCUGAACUUCCUGUUUAAAGUCAGAGAGUCUGGUUCCCUUAGUCCUGAACACGGGCCUGCAGUAGUUCACUGCAGUGCGGGGAUAGGACGUUCCGGCACGUUUUCAUUGGUAGACACUUGUCUUGUUCUGAUGGAAAAAAAAGACCCAUUUUCUGUAGAUAUUAAAAAGGUAUUACUGGAUAUGAGAAAAUAUCGAAUGGGACUUAUUCAGACUCCUGAUCAACUAAGAUUUUCAUAUAUGGCUGUAAUAGAAGGAGCAAAAUUUAUAAUGGGGGAUUCAACUAUACAGAAACGGUGGAAGGAGCUCUCCAAGGAGGACCAAGCGCCAAGUUCUGAGCAGUCUCCUCCACACCCAACAAAAAUAACCACGGAGAAGUACAAUGGCAACAGCAUAGGCCUGGAGGAUAAAGAUCAAAUGGAGAAAAUAAAUACUGACCUGUCCACUAAAGUUCAAGAUAUCACAGAUGGAAACAUUGAAAGUACCGUGCGAAAACGACUGCGAGAGGAUAGAAAAGCUAACACAGCACAGAAGCUGCAGCAGAUGAAGCAGAAGCUAAAUGAGACUGAAAGAAAAAGAAAAAGGCCGAGACUGACUGACACCUAAGCCUUCAGGACUUGUGAAUAUUCUGCAGCUAUAAACUGCAAAUCAUUGACAUGCAAAGCAAGACAUGAACCCCUCUUCGGGAACAAAAAGUGAGGUCUGUUAAGUAUCAAGAAGACCUCAGUGUUCUGUUUACAGCGUAAACUGCAUGGAGGGGAUGAAGACCACCAGCAGCGUGCUACUUUGCAAAACAAAAUAAUUUGCCAUCUUGUGUUUUUAUAAUGCCUGUAUUACUGUAGAAAGAUGUAAAAGAAAUAAAUCAGGAAAUAUUUUGUUUUGUACUGCCAUUCUUACUGUAUUUUUAUACUUUUUGGCAGCAUUAAAUAUUUUUUUAAAUUGA